AUGAGGGAGUCAGGUUUUCUUCCUCCCCCUCAUGAACCAAAUGUGGAUGAAACACAAAAUCCAAACAACACAAUGCUAGAACCAACAACAGAUGUCAACGAAAAUACUCCUAAUAAAAAUCCUGAGCAAUUGAAUGAAAAUGUUGCAGAAAGUUCUCAAAAACCAAUUGACGAUGCUCCCAUUUUGCAAUCUCAAACACAAUUAAAUGAAGAGGAAGAAGAAGCUGGAUGUAUUUGCUCUAUUUGUAUGGAAGAACUUCAUGAUCCGGUUUCAACUCCAUGUGGGCACGUCUUUUGUCGUAGAUGCAUCGAAGAGUGGCUUCUACGCUCCGAUGUUUGUCCUUACUGUAAUACACCAAAAAUGGAUAAAAAUUCACUCCUUCCUAUACUUGAUCAAGGGCAUGUUGAAGAUCGCCCAGAUCCGGAUAAUUCAUUAAAGAAUAAUCGGUGGUAUCAUAAAAUGUUCAGAUUAAAGUUAACUUUAUCGAACAUUAAAUUCCCUCUUGCUCUUCUUAUUUUUCUGAUAAUACUAUUUGUUGACUAA